UCUGUAGAGUUACGAAGACGAUGACUAUCAUGUGGAUACCUUUCCCAAGGAAUAUGGUUAUGGUGCAUUCGAUCAGGAUGGUUUGGAUUCGUCAGGGAUGACGGGUUCCGAUGCCGAUUCUAAGCCACGUAUUCUCUUAAUGGGUCUACGACGUUCGGGCAAAUCUUCAAUACAAAAAGUUGUCUUCCAUAAGAUGUCACCCAACGAAACACUGUUCCUGGAAUCGACCAGUAAAAUUGUCAAAGACGAUAUUAACAAUUCAAGUUUUGUACAAUUUUCAAUUUGGGAUUUUCCGGGACAAAUUGAUUUCAUUGAUCCCACAUUCGAUUCGGAUAUGAUAUUUGGUAAUUGUGGAUCGUUGGUGUUCGUGAUCGAUGCAAAGGAUGAUUACAACGAAGCGUUGACGAAAUUUAAGAAUACCGUCAUAAAGGCAUAUAAAGUUAAUCCGCGUAUUAAAUUUGAAGUUUUUAUACAUAAGGUCGAUGGCAUUAGCGAUGACACAAAAAUGGAAUCCCAGCGUGACAUACAUCAACGAGCCUCCGAUGAUUUAGCCGAUGCUGGCCUAACGCAAAUCCAUUUAAGUUUUCACUUGACUUCCAUCUAUGAUCAUUCGAUAUUUGAGGCCUUUUCAAAGGUGGUACAAAAGCUAAUACCCCAAUUGCCGACAUUAGAAAAUUUGCUCAAUAUUUUUAUAUCGAAUUCUGGCAUUGAAAAGGCAUUUCUAUUCGAUGUGGUGUCAAAAAUUUACAUUGCAACCGAUUGUUCACCGGUCGAUAUGCAAAGUUAUGAACUAUGUUGUGAUAUGAUAGACGUUGUUAUCGAUUUAUCGAGUAUAUAUAG